UUGAGGGACCCACGAUCAGGAGGAAAGGGUCAGAGAGGCAGUUCGACAGGCAGCAGAUACACGUUUCUCCAGCCUUCACCCUCAACUUUGGCUUCAGCUACGGUUUUUUAACACUUGAGUCGCACUCUUCUUAAUUCCUGUGGAUGAUUUUGGUUGACAGCUGCGUGUAUCGCCAAUACUAAGGAACGUGUUUUUACCAGAUUCUAGGAGUAACGGGCAGCCGACAACCUCAGCUAGCAGCGGCUAUAACGAGGCUAUAGCAGGCUAGCUAACGUUAGCUAGCGACCUGGCUAGCUGCACACGAGCUGAGCAUUGCUCGGUGCUGGGGUGGGGGGGCGGUGUGCCUACAGUGUCGUUUGAUGGAUCCGAGAAUCGCCUGGUUUCAACCAGAACAACGUGGACCCGCUAACAACCUGUGGAUGCAGAUUUGGGAGACGACACAAGGGCUCGGCUACUUGCAUGUAAAUAACACCUACACCACUGGAUCUCAGAGCACGUCGAGUCUGAAAGCGACCGUCAACGGAGCGUCGGGAGCCGUCCUCACCAGCAGAAACGGGGCACUUGACUCAAACACCGACAGCGGUGAAGCCAGGACUCAGGGGAUGUCGACCUCAAUGGGGGACGGAGGAAUAACGGAACAGCGGGACUUUAUACCACUGGAAACCAAUAGCAACCACAACAACCGAGCCGCUGGCAGGGGCGGUGUCGGUGGAGUUGGGCAGCAGCAGGGCAGUGGGGUCGCUGUGCUUUGGAGGGGACUGACGGACGGACACCCCAACAAAAGAAAAAGAGACAACAAAGCUAGCACUUUCGGAUUCAAUGCCAGCCUCUUGAACAGUGGCAGCGGCUCUAACACGGGAGGCUACGAUGCGUACGCGGGUACGCCAUGGAAAGUCAGGAACUACUCGGAGGGAAUUGUAGGGUUACACGAGGAGAUCAGUGACUUCUAUGAGUACAUCUCUCCACGGCCGGAGGAGGAGAAGAUGAGGCUGGAGGUGGUGGACAGAAUCAAGGGAGUCAUCCACGACCUGUGGCCCAGUGCUGAGGUCCAAGUUUUUGGGAGCUUCAGCACUGGUCUUUAUCUGCCAACAAGCGAUAUUGACCUGGUAGUUUUUGGGAAGUGGGAGACGCUGCCACUCUGGACACUGGAAGAGGCUCUGCGGAAGAGAAAUGUUGCAGACGAGAACUCCAUCAAAGUUUUGGACAAGGCCACGGUUCCCAUUAUCAAACUGACUGACUCCUUCACUGAGGUCAAAGUGGACAUCAGCUUCAAUGUGAAGAGUGGUGUUAAAGCCGCUCGGCUCAUCAAGGAGUUCAAAGAGAAAUACCCUGUGCUGCCUUACCUGGUCCUGGUGCUGAAGCAGUUCCUACUGCAGAGGGACCUCAAUGAGGUUUUUACGGGGGGAAUUGGCUCCUACAGUCUGUUCCUCAUGGCUGUCAGCUUCCUGCAGCUUCACUACAGGGAGGAUGUGUGCAGUCCCAACAUCAACAUCGGUGUUCUGCUCAUUGAAUUCUUUGAGCUCUAUGGUCGCCACUUCAACUACCUGAAGACAGGCAUCAGGAUAAAGGAUGGAGGUUGCUACGUUGCCAAAGAUGAGGUUCAGAAGAACAUGAUGGAUGGCUACAGGCCCUCCAUGCUCUACAUUGAGGACCCACUGCAGCCAGACAACGACGUUGGCCGGAGUUCAUACGGUGCCAUGCAGGUAAAGCAGGCAUUUGACUACGCAUAUGUGGUGCUCAGCCACGCUGUGUCACCCAUCGCCAAGUACUACCCCAAUAACGAGACUGAGAGCAUACUUGGCAGAAUAAUCCGGGUGACACAAGAAGUGGAUGAAUACAGGGAAUGGAUCCGAAAGAACUGGGGGAGCCCGUCCCAGAAUGAUCUACCACUCAACAGAAAUGACGUCACACUAUAUGAGUCCCAGCAACUAGAUGAGUGCAACAACAACGUUCCAGAUGAUGAUGAUGUUGUCGUGGUUCUUCCGUCGGCCCCCCACAGCAAAACCUCCUCCAACUCCUCCUCUCCAUCCCCUUCACUGCGCUCCUCUCCUUCCUCCUCUCUGCUGUCGCCUUCUUCCACGUCCUCCACCUCCAGCUCCAGCGAUGCGGACUCUGAUGGCACGCCGUGUAAGACAGCCAAGCAGCAGUCUGGCCGCGGCCCCAGCGCCCACAGAGAAAAGUCGGCUGCCGUUAGUAAUCACCGACCACAGAGCCACACUACCAGCACUCCAUCUGGAAGCAACAAGGGAGGAAAGGCCAGGAUGUCUCGUUCCCACCAUAAGGGUGGCCACCAUGGGCAGCAGAGCUCCUCAUCUAGUACCAAAAGUCAUCCAAACAACAAGCCACACCACCAGGGCAACAGCAAGAAGAGGAAAAAUGUGCGAGACUCUACACAGGAAGACCUCUGCAGAUAGGGGUGACCUUACGUGCCCCCUCCCUCCCCUCCCCUGUCCUUGUCUGCAACUGACUGACUGUCAUGUCCCACUUCUGCUGCCAGACUCCAGCCUCAGGAGGUUGUUAGUAGUAUUAAAACAUCUACAGUAUCUGUCUCUCUGUCGAGCUUUUCGGGAUGACAAGCAACAGUUUCUAGCAGAAAAAAAAAGAACAAAAAAAGAAUCGUUAUAGAAAAUGGGGUUUAAUUUCUUGGACUUGAACUGAAAUCACAAUGGAUAAAUGCUCAUUUGCUUCCCAACAGCUUCUUUUAUGGAGCAGUUUUCCUUCCCACAGCCAGCACCUACACAACAUGCCUCUUGCGCCUCCUGCUGUACAGGAGUAGAAAGGUUGGGUGUCUGGAAUCUACUCUGGAGCAAUACCUGGAACUGCUGGCUGGAAAAUAGGAUCAAAAAUUUUAUCCAAAAAAAAGAAGAAAAAAGCAAAUGGCUUAAAAUGUAUACAAACAAAAAUGUAAUGUUGAACAACAGACAAAUAUGUACACAGAUGUUUUUAAGAUGGUAACUUACAAAUGCAAUCAGUAAGAGUGGGACAUAACUUAUGCAUGAGAUUUGUUUAUGUUGUUUGAUUUUUCUGUUUAAUAAUCUGUUUUGUUAUGUCUAAACAGGUUAUACAAAGAUUUGUACAAAAAUGCAUCAGAAAAAAAAUGUUAAAAAUAUAAGUAAGAAGAGAUUGUUUCAUAUGACAUUUUUACAAAAUAUACCGAUUGAAGACAUGUAAACAUGCACAUCUUGUGCCCGCAGCUUUUCGGCCAAAGCCAAGAGCUGGUUUGGGUCCCAUUGCCAACAUAAAUCAUCAGCAUCUACUUUAACUCCUGGUUGCUCUCUGUGAGUGUGCUACAGUGUUAAAAUUUAGCCUUGAGUGAGCAAGUGCUCACACACAGCCCUAUAGAUGACUGGGUGAGAGAUCGUCAUCUCGUCUCAAUAGCACAGCCACACCAGUGUAGAGGCUUUAAGGAUACAGGUUUAAAUUAAUA